AUGUCCACCUCAAAAUCUUCCAUACUUAAGGAUAUCGUAAAUAAGAACUUACAAACAAUGUUUGAUAUGUUAAAGACGCGUCCUAAUAGAACAAACCGUUUCUCGGAACAAACACAAAAUGAAACUACUGUACUUGACACUAAAUUUCGGAAUUUGGCAAAUGAAACUUUAUCCGCAAUUUAUGAGUUGGAAAAGGUCGAAAAAUCAAAAGUUGUGCAACUAAAAAUCGAUAAGGCGCUUUUGACUUUGAUUACAAGACUUGUUGAAUUUGGUUUGUAUACCGACAUAAUCGAACCGUUACAGAAAUUGCGAUCAAGACUUUUGAUUUAUUUUAAACCUACCAAUAUCUCCGGAAUCAAAACGGUAGAUUCGAAACAAGCUGUGGUACAUUUAGAGCUUUUAAUGCGUAUAAUUUCAAAGGCAAUUAAUGGCCUUCACGAUUCAACAGUGGAGGACAUACUGAGUACAUUUUUGAAAUUAUGUUCCUUUUACAUGCAUUCAUUUAUUUUGACUGCGCGAUUCGAUUUAUCUAAAUUUUUCGAUACCAGUUUAUGGUUUGCUCUUAAUUUUGAGAGAAAAUGUAAAAAUGUACGAUCUGCUUUAGUAUUUCAAGAAUUGAACGCGUUUUAUGAUGAAAUGUUGAUAUUAGUGGAGAAAUAUAUUUAUAAUGUUACCGAAAAUCCAAAAUUCUUGAUUUGGCGUAAUCAUUAUUCAUAUGUUGCUCGAAAGAGCAACAAUUGCAAGAAAUCAUUAGAGUUUUAUGAAUCAAUUAUUAGUUCGUUACAAGAAUCAUCUCAGUAUAAACAUUCAGCACAAGAUUUAGGAAACUUGUUACAAAUCGCAGAUUUAAGGAUUGAAAUUGCACACUUUGCAUUACAAAAUCUAAUAUGCACCAAACAAACAAAAGAUACGAUAAAACGAAUUAAAGAGGCGCAAUUUGUUUUUAAUGAACUAUCAAAAAGUAAUCUAAUGGAAAAGCUGUCCAAAAAAGCAAUCAGUGCACUUUCACAGCUUUUCAAGGUGGUUGAAUUGAUUCGAGAACCAAUUAUAAAAAUAGUGGAAUUCAUAGCAUCACAAGAGUUUAAUGAAGAGAGCGUUUGUACUUGUCUUAAAGAUUUGAUUCAAGCUAUUUCCAUCUGUUUUAACUUGAUUUGUGAAAAUUAUUUUGUUGAGUACAAGUCUCAUUAUUUGCGAGAAAAGGAUUCAACUUAUUUAAAUCCGGAAAACAUUGUGAAAAUUAUUAUUGAUAUAUAUGAUGUCCUUUCCCAAUUAGAAUUUAAUUUAUAUCAGCAGAAUGGUUAUAAGAACUGCAUGUCUUACAUCGAUCAAGCAUACAAGAUUGUUCAGCAUACGUCAUGUAGAGAAGGGCUUCAUUCUAUUUUAAGAGCGUAUUGUCGCAUUGGCAAUUUUUAUUAUAAAUCGGGUGAAUAUAAGAAAGCUACCAAAGCUUUUGAAAAAUCUCUAAGAUAUAUUCCUCAACGAGAUUUUCUUCAAUUCUCGAAAUUGGUUUCUUCACAAACAGUUUUAUCCGCUUCUCAAAAACUGCCAUUAAUUCCUAACAUAAUUGAUCGGUAUAUCAAUUCAACUUAUAUUAAUUGUCCAGAUGGCGAAUUCACCUCAAUUCAAGAUAUUUUCUUGGAUGCAGGAUGUAAUUUGAUCGAUUCUGCAGGGCUGUUAGAAUACGAGUUGCGCGUAUUAAAGGAGCGUAUAUUAACCUCGCGUAAUAUUCAAUUCGAUUUCUUAAAUGUGGAAAAGUCAUUAAUUGAUACUUUGUUGUCUUGUUAUCUUCCUGAGGAAUUUCCUAUUCGGCGUGCUAGGAUACUAAUUGAAAAAGUUAAGAUUAUGAUAUGCAUAGAAAGUGAUUCAGGUCAAGGUUCUGCAUUAAAAUUUAUCGAGGGAGCAAUUGAUUUAUUAAAAACCGAUAAUUUUGGCAAGGACAAUAAUCUUGGACAUCUUUGUUCUUAUUACUUGGCGGCCGCUUAUUCUUUGACUGGUAUUCUUACACUUGAUUCGGAGAAUCUCUCAAACGAUUCGUUUGAAAGUGCGUUUAUCAUAUGGGAUGGUAUUUUAAAAAAUAUUCCUCCUUAUAAACUUGGAUGCACCAUUAAGCAUAAACAUAUAGAAAUCGCCAAGGAAAAAAUUGAUGAAAUUGAAAGAUUAUAUGGUCAACUUCAAUUGCUUGUGGAUUUUUUUGGGGUCACAAAUCAACCAAGUAACAAAAUCAAAACACUGAAUAUAAUGUUAAGUUUAAAUAAUGGAAUUAGAGAUACAACUGACAAAUAUUCGGAUUCGGUAAUUUUAUAUGCACAGAUUGGUCAAAUGUAUUUAAACCUUGGAUAUACUGGUAGAGCUGGAAUGGCUUUUGAAAGAGCUAAAGAUAUCCUUGAUUCCAAUACUUGUUUGAAUGAAGCAAGACUGUCGUGGAUGCUGGGAUAUAGCCACUAUUUAUGUGCAAUUGGUUAUAUGGAUAAAAGAAAUGCUCAAAAGAAUCCUGUGGUCGCAGCUAGAUUGUCUAGGCAACGAAAGAAUGAGCAAAUGUUGCUCGUGGACGCUUCUUACACGAGAUCUCGUAUUUUAAUACGUUUAGGCCGUUUAGAAAAUGCCAUAAGUGACGUCACACAAGCAAUUCACUUACUUAACAGAAUGAUGAGAAAUGUUAAUCUUAAUGGAAAACACCAUUAUCAUGAUAAAGUGAACGCAGAAGUUAAUCCUUUUCUUGUUGAAAAUAACGUGACUAAUAAAUGUUCAACUGGGAUAAAUGGGGAAUUUUUUGGUGGUUUUUUAAAUUUAACCGCACAAAGAUGGAAAUGGCGUGUUUUACAAAUGCUUUUUGAAUGUAAUCAUCAUCUAGGUCAAUUACAUAUUUUACGAGGAAGCGCGAAAGAGGCUGAUUACUGUUUUCAACAAGCAUUUGAAUUAAUUCAAUCAACUAAAGCGAAAACGAACAUGAGUCGUGUUUUACUAAAUUUUGCCGAAUUGGAAUUCCGAAGGCAUUGUUGGAAAGAAAGCGAAGAAAAGAUCAACCAAGUCAUUGAAUACCAACGAAAAGCUGUCAUCUUUCGAAAAGAAGAAGUUCUUGCCAAAUUAUGCUUUGGUGACUUCAAAUUUCGAGAGGGGGAUUUCAAAUUUAGGCAAGGUGAUUUCGAUAAUCAAAAACGGUGUUAUGAAUUUGCAUUGGAAUAUUAUAGUAAGGCUGUUGAUAUUUUGACCAAUAUUAUGAAAGAGGAAUACAUUUCUAAAAUCGAACAUCUAGACACAAGUGUAUUACAAACACCAAGAAGCAAGAAAUUUGUUUCAUACUCUGACACACCAAAGGAUAAAUUUACAGGGAAAGCCGAUUAUGAAUGCUGUUUACUUGCAUAUCUGAAAAGUGAAUUGUUCCGUCGUCAAGGAUUGAUUUUAAGCAAACGAGGUAAAAUUGAAGAAGGACUUAGGUUGAUCGAGCAUGAAAAGUUAAUGAACCAAUCAUGCCUCGAAAAGGCUGAACAUCUACUUAUUUUGAGCAAAGUUAAAUUGUUGGAGAUUACCGCCAAACUAACGAAUCAGAAUCACUUGUUAUAUGAAAAUGUUCUUGACUCUGUACUUUCGUUACCAAUGAUGAAUGUUCAAAAAAAGUCGUGUAUAGUUAAACAAUCCAUGACCUUAACAACGUCAGUGAUAAUCGAAGAAAUCGACAAGACACUUGAAUACUUGAUGGAAGUUUACGAUUUGGCAUAUGAGUGUGGGCCAACGCAUUUGUUACAAGAAACUUCUCUAUGCAUAUCUACGGUAACUAUGAUCAAAGCUUACGGGCAAAGCCAAUUAAAUAUUGAUCAAAGCGAGAUGGCUACCAUUUGUGCCUUUUAUUUGGAGAUGACAAAAGCACUUACAGCGAAGAGAGAAUUCUAUACUGCAUUGAACGAGAAAUGUAAAGAUCCUUUUUUGUGUUUUGACAAUCAGUGGCCACAAAAAAUUUCUACAUUACCAUCCGAGUCUGAUAUUUUGCAGAAUGAAGAUGAAUAUCAGUUAUAUGAUGAUGAAACUGUAUCACGUCGAAACUUUUUAACGGCGCUAACACAACGAUAUAAAAAUGAACCUAUCUUGACUUAUAAUGAGUUUCAAAAAGAAUUUUUGGAUAUUUUGCCUCCUAAUUGGACGGUUUGCUCAGUUUCUGUUGACAUUGAAACAAAUAAUAUGUACAUUUGUCGAUAUCAACGGAAAAUGACUCCACUUCUGCUUCGAUUACCAUUGAAACGUCAAUCAAGCAGGGACGGAGAAAGUGAUGUGUUUAGUUAUAAAGAGGCAAUUCGAGAAUUUAAUGCUAUUUUGGAUUUAUGUAAUCAAAUCAUGAGUAAUCCUUCAACAUCAAAAGAAUGGUGGAAAACAAGGAAGGGAUUGGAUGUACGACUAAAACAUUUGCUGUACAAUAUAGAGAAUUUGUGGCUUGGUGGUUUCAAGGGGAUAUUAAUGGCAGAUAAACAACAAUCUUCCAAUCGGAUAUUAAAAUUUAAAGAAAAGAUAGAUAGCUUAUUAUUCAAGUGUGAAAGUGGAAAAUCAUCUAGAAAGCGUUCAAAAGUUAAGAAGCUUGAUAUUGAAAUAGAGCUUUGCAAAUCAUUUCUUCGACUGGGUUCAGAUGCACAAGAUCAAGAUAUUGAGGAUAUUCUUUAUUUCCUAGUUGAUGCGUAUAAUAAAUAUAAUGAUCAACAGGUUGGAUAUGACGAAAUUGACUUGGAUCAGCUUAUUAUUGAUGUUCAAGACGCGUUAUCUUGUGAUGAUACUAUGAGCUCCAAUGUUGAUGACCAACAUGUUAUUUUAAUUCUUGAUAAAUAUGUACAAAUGUUACCAUGGGAAAGUCUACCAUGUUUACGAUCACAAGCUGUUUCUAGAUUACCAUCUCUUUCAUUUUUGAGAGACAGAAUUAUGUUAACAAAUCAUGUUAAUAACAAGCAAGACAAUAAACCAGGAUGGUUGGACUAUGUCAUUGAUCAGCAUAAAUCAUUUUAUGUUCUUAAUCCAAGUCAAGACCUGAAACAUACACAAAAUGAAUUUGAAGGUUUUGUAAAAAACAUUAAAGGUUCAGAUGGAAUUACUGGACGAAUUCCUACCGAUCAAGAAUGGAUAGAUGGUCUUGUAAAUAAAGAUCUUUUCAUGUAUUUUGGACAUGGCGCUGGUGAAGCAUAUUGUAAGAAAAAUAAGCUUAGACAUUUGGAUCGUUGUGCUGUAACACUUCUAUUCGGUUGUAGUAGUGGACAAUUAAAAUUAGGAGGAGAAUUUGAUCCUUCUGGUAUCAUUUUAAGUUAUUUAUUAGCUGGAAGCCCGGCAAUUGUUGCAAAUUUAUGGGAUGUCACUGAUGUGGAUUUUGAUCGAUUUAGUAAAUCUCUGUUUCGGAAUUGGGGAUUAAAUCCUAAUGGAGAAACCACAACAUCAAAAAAAAAGGUAUCAUUGGUCCAAGCUGUUACAAUUGCAAGGAAUGCUUGUAAAUUAAAAUAUCUAAUUGGUUCAGCUCCGGUGGUAUAUGGUAUACCAUGUUAUUUACAGAGCAAAUAA